UCGAGAUGAGACUGAGAUAAGGGAUGAUAUAUUAGUCUGUGUAGUAUCUAUGGGUGUUGAACGAUUCAUUUGUCUACCUUGUCCUCAGCAAUAUGCUGCACGCCAUCUUGCUCAUAGGCAUAGAUAGUAUUAUUAUAAAUACUGCCAUAAACAACCUGACUACCAGCCUGGUUGUGAACUGUGUUGUCUCUGUUGUCAAACGUGUUUCCGUCACCCAUCUCGUCUCAGCAGGAACUAUGAUUAAUCGGAGAAACAGAUGAUUUGAUGUGGAGUUGUUCCUGGCAAGGAUGAAGGUGGGAUGGAGUGAGGAGGUACAGAGAAUUCGAAGUUAAGAUGUGUCAUGCUGUUUGGCCUGACAGUUGCUGCCCUACAACAGCACUUCGCUGUCCAGCUCAACUAGCUCCACCAUACUUUGUGGAAUCAUUUGCCUCGAAGCUCAGUGGGGACUGCAGGUAUCAAUAUGCAAUAGUUACAUGCCAGGAUAAUAUUGGCCAGGCUUGCAUGAAAGGCCUCCAGAGCAGGCUAUUCCCACCAAAUCUGAGGAGGGGCAGGAGGGGAACGCAGCAUGAGUGGGUCGGCUGGAGUAUCCCCUGGUCUAUGCAGGUACUUUCUUGCUCUGGGCUGGUACUGCGAUUCAUAAUUCAGUGUUAGAAUUGUAUAUUAGCUUUGAACAAAAACAGCCUAAGCUUCGGUCGAUUGGCG